GAAAGUGCCGAAUGCAUGCUCUUAGAGCGCACUGUGGGAGCUAUCUGUACGACAGUAUUGCCCAGCAGUGGCUCACAGAGGAGGAGAGACGAGCUAUGGAGGGACGGCAGGUAGCGGGGCCGCUACCCGCGCAGUCUAACGGGGACGGAGACGGGGCCGAGAGCAGCGACAAUGAGCAAGCCAGCCAAGACUCUAGUGCUGCCAUGCAAUGGCCGUUGUUCGGGUCUCCAACACUGUCUACCAUUCGUGUCACGUCGUAUACCGACAGAGGCGGGACCAUUUAUUUCACAGUCCAGCCAACUCUGGAAGGAUUUCAUUGGGUCGUUGAGAGGACAUUCGAAGAGUUCUCUCGUCUCCACAAAACUUUGGUUGAUCAUUAUGGGAUCAGCAAGACCCUACUCCCGACCAGGAAACUGUUUGGCUAUUUCGGGACCCCGAAACCACAGUUCCUCAGCGACAUGCAGCUGAAACUGGACCAGCUGCUCAAGACCGUCCUCCAGAAUUACCCCGUACCUCCACGAGCUCUCCUCGAGUUCUGUGGAUACCCCUUCUGUGAUGUUCUAAGUAUCACACAGUCCCUUGCUGUCUAUGUCUAUAACGAAGGUGACUAUGUGUUGACAAACAACAAAGCUCUCUUCAUGAGUCCCACACAACUACACUGUGUCGGUCGAAGAAUGACUCUCCCUAUUUCCUCCACUGGGACUGGUUCGGUGAAGGGGGACUUUGGAAAUCUGCUGGAUUUCUUGAUGCAGCUACAGAAAAUGAAGGUUGCUCCGUCAACAGAGGAUAAGUUUAUACUGUCGUCUAUGGAAGACGUGUCCUUUGACCUCUCGAUAUUCAAGUCACUAACAUACCUUAUGGUUGACUCCAUAGAGAUCGCGGACGUGCAGGGGAGACAGUGUCUGACCGGUCAGUUGGAGGGUCUGGACAUCAGGAGGUGCCUCAACUCACUCAAGGAGAUUCUACUGGUGUAUCCAGUGGACGAUGCAGUGAGUCCCGUCCCGCCUGGGACGGUGGAUCUGACCCGAGGCCUCAAGUGGACCUCACUCACAAAGAUCUGCUUCAAACUGAACAACAUCACUUCCAUUGACACCAGUCUGCAACUCCUGCCUGCUCUGACCAGUCUUGACCUCUCCUACAACUACAUCGAGAGACUCGAAAACCUAACAGGGCUACCCAAUCUGAAGGUGGUAGAUCUGUCCUACAACAAGGUGGCAGAUGUUAAGGACCUCCAUCUCACCAUUGGGAACGUGUCCAAGCUCGCCCUGGCCCACAACCUAAUCACCUCUUUGGAAGGUUUGGACCGAUGUCUUUCCCUGGCGUAUCUCGAUCUCUCGUCAAACCAAAUUGCUGAGGUGUCGGAGAUGGGCCAUCUGUCAGGACUGCCGGUACUGGAGGACCUGUAUCUGCAGGGGAAUCCCCUCAAACCUUCCUCCUCCUCCUACCGCUCCACCAUACUCACCUACCUCGCCUCCAUCGCCGACAAGGUGUCACUGGAUGGGAAGAAGGCGAGUCAAGAUGAAAUAGAGCUCUCCAUAUCUCUCUCUGGGGUCAAAGGUCAACACCGGAGGGUGCCCACCAGAACUGCAGAUAUCAAGCCUGACAGGUUCUCUCCUACAAAUCAACAAGAAGUUCAAGAGGAGUUAGAGAUGUCCAGCAGUGUGACCAGUCGUCUUGAGGAGAUGAGGAAGACGGGAGGUGACAAGUGGCUCUCUCUACUCAACUCUGGGGCCAGGAACUCUGCCAGUCCCAUCAUCGAUGGCGAUGAUGUGGUGGCACAGGGGAAACGGAGGAGACGGCAUCGAAAGCCACAUGCUCACGCUCACUCUAGACCUGAUAAUGAUAGCUCACAGCGGGAGGCGGAGCCCCCAGCCCCUGUCGCUAGCACCAAUCAGCCUCCCCUGGAGAUGGAGAUGGAGGAGGAGGAGGAGGAAGAGGAGACUUCACCAGAACUACAGAACCUCAUCCACCAACUGGAGACCGAGAAACUAUACGUGUCGGAGUUCCCUGUGACAGUGCUGGAGUACAGGGGACCCCUGGACUCCCUGUCGUGUACUGACGUGGACCAGAAGUUGCUCAACAGUAGACUGGAGGAGUGCACAGUCUGCGUGGACACUACUGUCAGUAGGCUGGUAGAGACCGUGCUCUCUACCAGUCGUACACGCUGUCAGAGAGAUCUUGCUCUGAUGGAGGACAUUCGUUUCCACGAGGGGAGGAAGAAGGGGGUGUGUCUUCGGUUUGCCCAGUUCAGCGGAGACCCAUGUGGGUCAUCUACUGUGUGAGAGACAUGGGGUCUCUGGCCAGACUCUAUGUCGCCGUCCAGCACGCCCUCAAAUCUAAAGAGAGUUACAACAGUGCAGCGGGAGAUGUGCUGACACCUCCAGAGGUCAACAUCUUGGAAGCUGUCAACCUAGCCACCGACAAGGCUCUCUCUCCAGUCACAGACACCACCCCAACCACUUACAAGAAACAGACCGAACUGCCCGAGCCACAAAAACCAACCAUAGAUCCCCGACCGACAGAGACGGUAGAUGGAGGAGCGUGGAAGGUGGAGUUCAUGUCAGCCAGCGACACUUCAGACCACACCCCCUCGACAUCCAGCGGAAUUACCUCACCAGAUGCUGCACCUAGCAGCGGGCCCGUGUCACCCCUGAAGGUCCAUUCACGAUCCAUAUCUCCUUCCCCAAAGCCACAGAUUUCUGCAAAGAAAUCCGUGAGCGGUGGGUCGAGCCCUGACCUGGUUGUGAGAUCGACUAAGAGUGGAGGAGCCGGCACUCUCGAGGUGAAGAGAGGGGGAAAAGAGAGCAUAUCGGCUCCUGUGAGCUCGGCUCCUUCCCCUGUGACAGCUCGCAGGAAGAUACUGGGUGACGCCAAUGACGGCAAAACAGAAUCGCGUAAUGUUCUGUCGUCUCCUGAAAUAGAGAGAAAGACUGAAAAAACAGACCUAGUAACUGCUCGCGCCGGUAAUGCAGACUCUAAAGUACAAGGUUCCGGUAGGCCAAAUCCAAUGUCACUGACGCUCUCUCAAGAUUCACUGAGAGACUCGAAAAAGCCGGCAAAACUCACGACGGGAGGUCGAAAAAUGAUAAAGAAACCCGGAUUGGAGCGAGAGUCACUCGUUGGCUUUUUCUGUGGGAAAAUUGCCCGGGAACAGAAAGAGGUUCUGAUGAACGUACUGUGGGGUGGAGCCAGCCUCACAUCUACUCCCGGAUGUGAAGUCGAGAGCGGUCUCUUUGUGAGCGACAAGGGCGUGUAUCUCCUCCAGGUGAUGGAUUCCGAGAUGGACGAGAGCCGCUCGUGGUACUCGGAAAACCCUCCCCUCAUCUGCUCGUUCCACGCCUACCACCUCACCCUCUCCCAGGUGAAGACGGGGAUUUUUGACCAGAGCGUAACCCUCGAGUGCGUGGAGAAGGGGGCACUCAAAAGUCUAGUCGUUUUCCCCCGGACGAGCGAGAACAUCCUCGCUCUAUUGGACAACUUGAAGGCCGCGCUGGAUUCCAUGAGGAUCCCGUACAGCGUCACCUCUAUGAGAGAGUCGGUACUCGACUCGCCUGAGAAAAAGGACGACUCGAAAGUCCUGUUUGUGCUCCCCGAUGUCUCGGAUCUCCAGAAACUGAAAGAGAGCCUCGUUAGCCAGGCCGUCGUGACGCAGCUCACGAGCCAGAAGAUGGCCGGAUACUACGACACGAGUGGGUCCCCCUUGUUAGGUGAGGAGACGCAGCGAGGCUGCGAGAACGCCGCGGCAAAGUUUGAGAUUCUUCAGUACGUGGUGGUGAGCGAGUUGAGCUCUGACUUACUCCCCAUCGGGAACGGGGUGGUACAUUUCCGACCGCACGUCCUCGUCCUGACCAACGAAAUCCUCUACCUCUGUCGCGACGACACAGCAAUGUGUCCGAGCAAUCCCGGCAGCCCCGUGAACCCUCCGUUCCCACGGUGCUGCGUCCUAGACUCGUGCCCCGUCGAAAACGUGAAGGAGAUCGAGAUGUGCGAGAGGGCGCAGGGCGUCGUGUCAAUCUCGGAUCCGGUCUACGAGUUUCGCAUCAGUUUCAGCGUCGGGAGCGCUGGUGCUCAGUCUGGUUCUCGAGGAUUUCGCCGGUGGCAGCUCUGCGUGUAUGAUCGUCAGUACAUCGACCAGUUCUUUUCCUGCUUACAGCCGCUCUGGCACGACAUUCACCACACCGACCUCCCCGUCUCUCUCACAGCUGAGCCCCUCACAACCGUCCCCCUCACUCCCCUGACCCCCACUAGGGGUAAGCGCUCUCGGAGUUUCUCCGAAAAGCCCGACAUCACCACGUACGACCCGGCUUUCUUCACGACCCAAGCCCUGGUUAAUCUUGCGAGUCUGUCGAGCAGUCAUCGCGUACAGUUCUUCAAGGAGCGGGUCUCGGAGGCUCAGUUUAUGAAAUCGGACGAAGUCCCGCUGGCAGUCUUUCUUGCCGUCUGCUCCAUCCCCGGAAGACAUGAUCGCGUGGAGAUUGAGACGUGUGUAAUGGCCAGUCAGUACGCCGUCUACCUUGUGUCGGACGUUGAGAACAUACGCAGGUGGAUGGAUGCCGGUGGCCCCACGUCAUUCUCACGAAUGUCGCUCCUGAACAAGCAAAACGUGAAAGAGGCUCGCUGUUUCUUCCGUCUGUGGAUCAAGGAGAUACGGGAGAUCAACAUUGGCUUCUUUUACCUCUCGCUGCGGCUCAAGGCGACAGAGAAGAGAAACGACUUUUGCGUUCACUCGCAGGACGCCACUUCCACGAUGGCCCUCCUGAGCGCCGUCUCGUGCAGCACGAACCUCCGCAACACCGCCGAGGAGAAAAUAAUGGACGAACUCCUCUCCGAAUACAUUGAUCUCGGUGGCGAGUCCAUCAGUAAAGCCAAGCAGGUCCAGAGGAGCACCAAGGCCAGUAUCGAGUUCAGGGAGACUCCGUUGAAUAGUCUAGAGAUUCUCAAACAGAUACUGCUCUGCAUCAGUCCCAGUAUCACAAAGAGCACCACCAUCGACCAGUCCACGUCGGGGCUGCAGAUCCUCCUGAGCCAGAUCAUGAUAGUGGUGGAGGAGAUCAGUAUUAGCGGGACACGCACCCUCCAGUACCACCCGCAACUCGUCCUCCUGUCAAACUACGGUCUGUUUGUCUGCGCUAAUUCCGCCGGGGAGAAUGCCACGCCUGCCGUUCUAGAAGCGUCGGACCUGAAAGUGAAGCGAUGGUGUCAUAUUGAUCUGAUAGGGCAUGUCCAGCUGGUGUCAAAUAACCCGCGCUCCAAACAGAGCAAGAGCCACGUAUUUUGCAUCAGUCUCCAGUCCCAGAGAGGAGCGGAGAGCCACUCGCUGGUCCUGGCUGCACAGAACUUCCAGCAACUGAGACAGUUCCUCUACCACCUCUCGCUCCUCUGGCACGAGAGACAUGAGAAAAGCUUGCCCAUUUAUACAGUUUGAUUUUACCCACACAUCGUGUGUAUUUGUAUCUCUCGCCUUUUGUUCAUCGCCAUGACAGUGUAUGUUGUACCUCUAACUCUGUACAUCAUGCUCAUUUGUACAAUAUUUUAGAUAUUGUUAAAAGAUUGUUUACACCUAUAUAAUAUAUACUUUGCA